AUGAUCCGAACGCGAACUUGCGUUCAGAUCGUCUUGACCACAUCGGCCGACCGAAUACUAGUUGUGUACGAAAUAUCCGGGCUCCAUCCAGGCCAAGUUGUGAAUGCAAAACUGGAAGUUGAUGAGAGGUUUCCUGUGUUCAAUAUCGUCCAGCUCUAUGAGGCUCACCGUCCGUUUUCGUACCCAAAGCCACUUAGUCGACAAGCUCCAACCUAA